AUGGAGGCCCAGGCAACACAGGUCUUGGCAGCUAUGACGAACGCUUCCGAGACUGUUCGAGGAGCGAUUGCAUCUUCCAUUCCUGUUGCGAACAAUCAAGUCCUUACGGUUGCGCUGCCUGGAACCGUCAUUGACUGGAAGGACUACUAUUACAACGUCUCAAAGCACGUCAGACCGCCGUUGGACGUUCAGGUCAAGGAGGCGCGACUUGUUGACGGCAUGAUUCCCUUAUCGAAGUACACGGCUGGAAAAACUGGCAAGUCUGUUGCCCGAAGCUAUCUCGCAGCUCUUGACCUACUGGUCCCCGUCGAAGCCUCCGUCUCUGGUGUUGUCUCCAACGAGAAUACCAACAUCACCGAUCCGCGCCUCAAGACAAUCCGAGAGCGCUACAAGUACUCUAUGGGCUACCUGACCUCCCCCGACGACACUCCUAGCGGUAAUGGCCGGACCAAGGUGGAAACUUAUGUCAUAAAACAGUCAGCAUGGGCUAAAGAGGUAGCUGAGUACCAGCGUGCUCAAGCUCAGGCCUUGGAAAGACUGGCACCACCCGCUGGCGCUACGACUGCCCAGAUCAAGGCCUCCCAGGAGAAGUACAUGCAGUGGAUUCAGGAGCACGCGCGAGAGUUCAAGAACACAAUUCAGACAAAGUACAUGGACUGGGUAGUUCAUGGUUACAAGUUCAUGGCUAUCGAAGCGAACACGUUCUUGCCAGUACUUUCUAGCGAUUCGACGACCGACAACCAAAAGGUCAAGGCGGCAUAUGCCCACGUGUACAACGACAUGGACACUAAGAAUGCCGAAAGCCGUGGCCAGGACACGCAGAUGUCAGCCAAAACUGACUGGGUCAAGAGAGCAUUCAAUGCUGACCCUAUUACCGAAAACGUGCUGAGGAACUUGAUCGAUGAGCAGAAAAAGCAGGAUGAAUUCAGCUUGAAUCGAAACAAUCGAUCGGUCCGUGACAACGCGGACCAAAACAUGGAGAAGGCGAAGAGCUGGAUCGAUGCACGGGUCAAGCAGAUUACGCAGGAUAUCGAGGAUCUUAGAAAACAGUUGACGAACGCUGAGGCUACCCCCUCGCCCAAUGCACCACCGAUGUUGCCGGUCGUCAAUGCUGAGGGCAUCAUUAUAACGGGAGAUGAGCUUGUGGCCAACCCAAGUCUCAAGAAUCCAGGCAUUGCCAAUGUCAUUGAUCUCGACAACGAGGAAACCUGGCGCAACGCCGCCGAGGAAGGGCCCGAUUCAUGGACAAAGGUUCGUCGACACAAGAAGGCGGUCUUUGUGCUUAUUUCCAUGUUCCUAACGGUCGGACCAGAUUUCGUGCAAAGUAUCAAGCAAGAGCAGCUACUCCGAGUCAUCGACAUCUCAGAGUGCCUCUUCUAUUUGUGGCAAGGCCGGUUGGGGAUGGUGGCGCGCAUCAGCCGGUGGGAGCCACACAAGCAGCAGCGCGCUAUGUCAUCCAUGUCCAACCUCGAUGUCGAGGUUAGCAUGAGCUGCAUGGUUGUCGAGAUUGAAAGACCUUGGCUGCAUGCCGAGCUGUUUGCCGACGCUGAGCUCGACUCCGGAUCGUUCUUGAUAUCUCCAGGUGAGGACGCCUUGAAAGACGCGUUCGACAACGGGAAGACCCUCCAGGGCGAAUACCAGCAGUUCUCCUCUUACCCGACAGCCUUUGUAAUCGCUGCUGAUAUCGAGCUUACCUUCUCUGGAGAUACUACCAAACUUGAAAGUGCCGUCUCCGCUUCCUCUACCCAGGCCAACGUCUCUGUCGGGUGGGGCCCUUUCGCAGUUUCGGGAUCCCACAGUUCGUCAAAGUCCAAGUCGAAGACCAAGAUGGAGUCUACUGCUACCGGCUGCAGAAUUUCUGUAGAAGCUCCUCAGAUUGUGGGUUGGGUGCAGACGCUACUUCCUAUGCUGCCAAAGUCUAAGAGUGGUCUUUCUACUAUGAGCAGUCCCUUCAGCGCCGCCUGA